AUUAAUGCAAAAUAACUCAUUAGGCUUGGAUCCAUCUCUACUCAAGUAAUUCUCCAUCCUCCAUAGAUCCAUCUUUUACUUUCUUCACUUUCAUGGCUUCCGAUCUCUCUGUCAUCCUCCCUCGUGUCCUUAUCGUCUCUAGACGUAGCGUUCGCAAGAACAAGUUCGUAGAUUUUGUGGGUGAAUAUCAUCUUGAUCUUAUAGUAGGCUAUGGUGCCGUACCAGUCAUCGUGCCGCGUGUUAAUGGGGUGCAUAUGUUGCUGGACAGUUUCGAGCCGAUCCAUGGUGUUCUUCUUUGUGAAGGAGAAGAUAUUGAUCCAUCUCUGUAUGAAGCUGAAUCAACUGAUCUUUCACCAGAAGAGUUGGAAGAAAUCAGGAGGCUGCACGCAAGCGAUACAGCUAUUGACAAAGAGAAGGAUUCAAUCGAAUUAAGGCUUGCUAAACUUUGCCUGGAACGAAACAUCCCUUACUUGGGAAUUUGCAGGGGUUCACAGGUCCUAAAUGUUGCAUGCGGGGGUACCCUUUAUGUGGAUAUAGAAAAGGAGAUAUCAAACAAGUGCUUGGAGUCCCAACGAGUGAAGCACAUUGAUUAUGAUAAUUACGAUGGGCACAGACACGUGGUUAAGGUAGUUGAGAGCAGCCCUCUGCACCACUGGUUCAAGGAUUCUCUGGAAGAGGGUAAAAUGGAGAUUUCCGUUAAUAGUUACCACCACCAAGGCGUCAAGAGGUUGGCCAAGAGAUUUGUGCCUAUGGCAUAUGCACCUGAUGGAUUGAUUGAAGGGUUUUAUGAUCCAGAUGCCUAUAAUCCUGAAGAGGGUAAGUUCAUAAUGGGACUCCAAUUUCAUCCGGAGCGCAUGAGGCAGCCUGACACUGAUCAAUUUGAUUAUCCAGGAUGCCCAAAGGCUUAUCAGGAAUUUGUGAAGGCGGUAAUUGCCUAUCAGAAGAAGCUUAACAGCAGUGCAUCAGUGCCAAAGCCUAUAAAGUUAAAUCAAGAAAUGGAGAAUAAAAGAAAAGUUAUUCUGCGGAGUUUCUCACUUGCAAGAAAUAUGUACGCUACUGGACAAGAGCUGCACCCGUCAAAAGAAUCAGAGCUGAAAGCUGGAGCAGAGUUUCUGGAGUCCAACACAGCCUUCAGCUUCCAACAAGAGAACAGGCUAAAGCAGAUAGGAGCAACAGUGAGGAAUGGUGGAUCCUACAUUGAGAGAUUAAAGUUGAAUGAGGAAAGUGAAAAACAAGCAAAAAAUGCGAUGGGAAAAAUGUCGGUUGAGAAAUUAUCAGAUCUCUUGUCUUUCUACCAUAUGAUGGGCCAGAUUUGCUCUGAAGUCCUGGAAAGAAAGCUAAAUGGCUUUGUCAGUGAGAUUGCUUCUUGAUGUGUCCCUUUUCAGAUAUUCAUCACAUCACAGGUCACAGGAGUCCCCUGGGAUUCCAUUUCUUUUCACAUGAUAUGGAUGAUGAUGUGUAAAACAUCUUCUCGUCCCUGCUUCCUUCUCCUGUGCUCAAUAUGAGCAAGACAUCAGUGUUUAUAAUUAUGAAAGCUUGUUAAUUA